AGAUCAACAUAGUCACAGCUUUAGGAUGAAAGCUCUCAGCCUAUUCGUUCUUGUUUUUAACAUCCUAUUCCGGUUGCCAGAUGGUAACAAUUCAAAGAAGACUACACAGGGUGAAAUGGAUCCCUAAGAAUAUUUCCAGCUUUCUUAAGGCAGCGGGAAUUAGACAAUUCUUCCAAACAGGGCAGAAGGCAACCAAUCAUUCUCUGGGAAGGAGCGGCUUCCUAUCUGCCACGGUGCGGAUAUUUUUCCCCAGUGGUGCAGUGGUUUAAACCCUUGUGCCGGCAGGACUGAUGACUUGAAGAUUGGGUUGCUGAAGGUUGCUUGUUCAAAUUCAACCCGGGGAGAGUGUGGAGGAGCUCCCCCUGUCAGCUCCAGCUCCCCAUGUGGGGACAUGAGAGAAGCCUCCCACAAGGAUUGGACAUUCAGGUGUCCCCUGGGCAACGUCCUUGCAGACGGUCAAUUCUCUCACACCAGACACGACUUGCAGUUUCUCAAGUCGCUCCUGACACGAAAAAAAAAACUGCAAUUAGCAAAUCAUACGCAGAUGCAAUAGGUUAGAACAGUUUCUAUAGCACAGCGGUAGAAAGUCACCAGCAGUUUCUCAUUCAGUUGUUGGCUCGUUAAAAGAUAAUACAAUCUCUGCUGGGCCUCUUAAGCAUCGACCACUAAUUAGAAACAUGCACGAUAUGGCACAAUCACAACAUGCGAGCGCUGGAUGAAAAACAUCCCAAAAGGAAAUGUUUCGUAAGACCGACUGGCUCUGUGCCUUGUCAGCACCACGUGACUCCUUCCUCUGAGCAAAUAAUAAUUUAGGAAAGUUCCUGUUUUUUCCUUCCAAAAUCUGUCUCUUUUGUGGCUUGAGAGACAUCCAGGACUCGGGUGGUCAGGCGGUGGCCACAUUGACGGCCAGGAGACGCCUCUCCCGUCUAACGGUCGCUGGACGUCUGUCUAGAAGACAACACCAGCCGUCCUUUGCUCGUCCCUCUCUUUCAUCUGCUGGACACAGAAUCGAUAACCAGAUAACAACCGUCAACAGGAAUCCACCCCGACGUCCCAAGUUAAUCACCGACCAAGAUCAACAACGACAGAGGGAAGUCCACACACAACAAGGACUCAGGGAAACAUCUGCUUGGGAGGAUGAAGUGGCUGCUGGCCUUAUGCGGGGGUCUCCUGGCUCUGGCCGGGGCUAACCACUCCCCUGUCCAGCAACGGGCGCUGGACAAUGUCCUGGAGUACUUCCACGGCCGGAGCUUUGUGCAGUCGGUGUUCCAGGAGCAAGCCGUCACUGAAGUCGCCAAGGAGGAGUCUUCAACCGGGACCUACAUCCACCUGGAAGUUGAACUCGCACAGACUCACUGCAGGAAGCAGCGGAGGGCACAAAACUGCCCGGUCAAACCAGGAGGGAGGAGACAGAUCUGCUUGGCUUGCUUCUCCUUUGACUCCAGGAGCCCAGACCACAUCCUGGACAAGACGAUGCACUGCAUCUCACAGAAAAGCUCACUCUUACAGGAGACGAAGCGGAGGCACGCCCAAGAGUGUGAAAGGGUCAAGAAAGCCAACGGAUUGUACCUGCCGGGCCAGUUUGCCUUUUCCAGGGGGCUUCCGUGAGGCCAAGGAUGGACCCUCGUUGAGCGGGAUCUUGUCCUGUCAUGGAGGUAAACAGAGGGCGAUCCAGUCUCGGCACCACAGGAACAAAGCCACAGGCACCUGACGCUUCUCCCAUCGACAGCUCUUUCUUAAGCCCGACUCUGGGAUUUUCUAUUUUUCCCCCUUAUCCGCACAAUAAAAUGGCACCACCCCAUU